AUGCCCUACAAGCUCCAGUCCGGUCUGAGUCUGACUGGAGUUUUGAUGCCCCUCCAAGCUCCAGUCCACGUUGAAUCUGACUGGAGUGUUGAUGCCCUUCAAGCUCCAGUCCACGUUGAAUCAGACUGGAGUGUUGACGCCCUUCAAGCUCCAGUCCACGUUGAAUCUGACUGGAGUUUUGAUGCCCUCCAAGCUCCAGUCCACGUUGAAUCUGACUGGAGUGUUGAUGCCCUUCAAGCUCCAGUCCGCUCUGAAUCCGACUGGACUCCAGUCCGCUCUGAAUCCGACUGGAGUGUUGAUGCCCUUCAAGCUCCAGUCCACUCUGAAUCUGACUGGAGUGUUGAUGCCCUUCAAGCUCCAGUCCGCUCUGAAUCCGACUGGAGUUUUGAUGCCCAGCAUGCUCCAGUCCACUCUGAAUCUGACUGGAGUGUUGACGCCCAACAAGCUCCAGUCCUCUCUGAGUCUGACUGGAGUUUUGAUGCCCUCCAAGCUCCAGCCCGUUCUGAGUCCAACUGGAGUUUUGAUGCCCAACAAGCUCCAGUCCACGUCGAGUCCGACUGGGGUGUGGAUGCACUCCAAGCUCCAGCCCGCUCUGAGUCCAACUGGAGUUUUGAUGCCCUCCAAGCUCCAGUCCACAUCGAGUCUGACUGGAGUGUGGAUGCCCUCCAAGCUCCAGCCCGCUCUGAGUCCAACUGGAGUUUUGAUGCCCAACAAGCUCCAGUCCGCUCUGAGUCCGACAGGAAUAUUGAUGCACACCAAGCACCAGUCUGCCCCGAGUCUUACUGGGGUCUUGAUGCCCUCCAAGCUCCAGUCCGCUCUAAGUCCAACUGGAAUAUUGAAGCACACCAAGCACCAGUCUACGCCAAGUCUGACUGGAGUGUUGAUGCCAGACAAGCUCCAGUCCAGGUGGAGUCCAACUGGAGUGUUGAUGCACUCCAAGCUCCAGUCCACGCCAAGUCUUACUGGAGUCUUGAUGCCAUCCAAGCUCCAGUCCGCUCUGACUCCAACUGGAGUUUUGAUGCCCUCCAAGCUCCAGUCUGCUCUGAGUCUUACUGGAAUAUUGAUGCACACCAAUUACCAGUCCACACCGAGUCUUACUGGAGUGUUGAUGCCCAACAAGCUCCAGUCCAGGUCGAGUCCAGCUGGAGUGUUGAUGCCCAACAAGCUCUGGUCCAUGUCGAGCCCGACUGGAGUUUUGAUGCUUUCCAUGGUCCAGUACGUGCUGUGUUUGACUGGAGUACAGACAUCCUACAAACUCCAGGCCACACCAAGUCUUUAUUUGAUCCUUGCUCAGACAUCUUUUCCUGCUAUGAAGUCGGCAAUAUGCUGGGUCAAGGAGGAUUUGGAGCCGUCUAUGAAGGGAGGCGUAUGAAGGAUGGCCUUGAGGUGGCAGUGAAAUUUGUCAAGAAAACAGAGGAUAUGCAAUACAUCAACUUUCCUGAACCUCUUCCACUGGAGGUUGCUCUUUUAAUCCUCGUAAAUGAAGGCCCCAGAGUUCCCCAGAUAAUCCAGCUGCUGGACUGGAAGGAUGUGGGUGAAUACUGCAUCAUGAUUCUGGAGCGGCCUAUUCCUUGCGAGGACUUGUUUGAUUUUGUGCAGCGCCAUGGAGGCAGAAUCAACGAGGAGUUGGCUCGGGUUGUCAUGCGGCAGGCAACACAAGCCGCUUACAUGAGCUGCCAACGUGGAGUGCUGCACCGGGACAUCAAAAAGGAAAACCUUUUGAUCAACAAGGACACCCUAGAAGUCAAACUAAUUGACUUUGGGUGCGGCGAACUCCUUCGAAGUGCACCCUAUACUACAUUCAUGGGCACACGAAUGUACUGUCCACCCGAAUUCAUAUCAGAGGGCAAGUACCACGGGGAGCCAGCGACGGUAUAUUCAUUGGGAGUGCUCUUGUUCUCGCUGGUAUGCGGGACAUUUCCAGACAGCGUCGACCUGAUUAUGAUCAAUCUGAACCAUUGGUUUAUAGCUGGCUUAUCACUAGAGUGCUGCCAAUUGAUCUGCUCUUGCCUGCAGCGUGAGCCAACGGAGCGCCUCGAUUUGGGCAAGAUUCUGUACCAUAAAUGGUUUAAGGGCACAGAUAUGGUGAAAUUUGGCAAAUAGUGGCCAUGCUUCCUGUCACAGCCAGCCCACGUGUUGUCAUGUACUGACAGCUCAUCAUGACCCAGAGCUCCAUUUCCAUUAUUGCAAACUCAGUGAAAAAUAUAUAUGUAAACGUAUAGGACCUUAAUGAUGUUAUAA